UGUUCAGUAUAAUGAUCCACAUUGCAAUGUUUAGAAAUACGGGCCUUUAAUUUGGAGGAUUUAUUACCAUACAAAUUGACGUAAUCGUUUGUGCUGCUGGCAGAAUAGUCUUGAAAAUGAGUUACUGAGCUAGCUAUAAUCUCAGUAAUUUCCGUCGAAUAUCACAUAAAAUCAACUCCGCUGCAGUGUACGGAUGUGAACUGAACGAGUAUGGUGUAAAGUUCCGAUACAUUUGAAUGAAUUGAUCAUCGCUAACAAGUCCUGCCGGAGAGUUGAUCAUGCUGAAAAUGAAGCUGCCCAUUCGAAUAGCAGAAGGAGACCAUACCGUCGAAGACGAGCAGGAAAAUACCGAUUGCAACAGUUACAGUAUUGAUUCGGUUCCAUACUGUGGCGUGAGCCACCGGUUCAAACGUUCAACGAGGGAGUCAUAUCGCCUGUCGCAAAUUGACAAGAAGGCUGUGUUUGAGUGGUUCGGCUUGCACCUCAGCCCAGCAAAGCGGAUAGAGUUUAUGUACGGACUACUUCAUAUGUGUCAACCACUUGAGAUUCGCUUUUUGGGAUCCUGUCUUGAGGACCUUGCACGGAAAGAUGUCCACGUCCUCCGGGACUUUGAGAUAACGGCAAACUGUCAAACCGAUUUGGCCCUCCUUAAGGACGUUGCCGACCCUGUUGUGCGUUCCAAACUACUUGUCUACCUGUCACUUUUGCGAUCUGGAAACAGAGAAUGUGCGGACACACUGUAUCGUGCUUUGAGAAAUAUAGAUCCAGCGCUGUACUUAAAUACUUAUCAUGGCGUUCCAUUAUCUCCACGUGGUGCGAACACUCAGAAUGUACCUGAUCAACAUUGCCCUUGCGAGGUUGGAAUGGAUUCUGGAAGUGUGGUGCAUCCCAGCGCGACUCCACUGGAGGCAGAGUCGGGUUCCUUGGAGCACUUGGCGCUGCUUUUCUCCAUGGCCUCGCUGCACCCUGCGUUCCCUUUUUACCAGAGGGAUACUGUCAGACACCAGUUGGACAAUGUGGAACGGGCCAUAGAGGAGAUAAUGGAUAGCCACAAACGCACGAGUGUCCAGCAGAAGCAGCAUGCCCUUCGAAGGGAGGACCUCAGCCCCAGGAGCACUGACAUGGGUCAGUCGGCCUGCUGUAUUCCCAAUCAGCUCCCCAACCGGAGAUCAUCCCAGAGAGAAGCAGUUCACAUUGACAAGAUUGUGCUAAAGAGGAUAUCUUGGAACCGAGUAAACAGUGAAUACAGUAUUGAGGUCCAGUGGUCUGACUCAACAUGGACCACAGUGACCAAGACUCACCAUGAGCUGGACGACUUCCUUUCCAAGCUUCCAUGUGAGAGGUCCACUGAGCCCUUUGAGAAGGGACUGGUGAGGUUACUGGCCCAGGGAGACCAGUAUGAGCCCAGGGACCUGGAGAGGACGCUACAGGAGAUGCUUCUGUCAGCCCCAGCAGCCUUCAGGCAGAGAGGAGAGGUCUGCAGGUUCCUCCUCCCCCACUGCAGCCACUGUAAGUGUCUGUGCCCCUGGCUCAGCCUUCAGGGAGAUAAUACAGUACCUCCAGGAAAGACCUGGAAGGCACCCGAGCACUUUAAAGAAGACUGCACCGAGCCAUCCAGUCAGGACCAAGGGGCUCACCCCCUAGGGCAUCAGACGACGUGCAGCAGCAAGAGCCUAGCACAGAGCACACUGCUGACAAAGAGCAGCCAGAGGCCUGCUGUUCACUCAGAGCACAACGGAGUGGUGGAGAGGAGGAGGGAACCAGGCAUCCUGUCCUGUAGGCCAGACCCACAUCAGAACGCAGAUGAGAAAUGGGCUUUCACUCCAGAAAGGAUGAGUAGAAGAAGACUUGAUGGAAGGAGAAGUGAGGGGGCUAAAGGCUACAUUAUCAGACCACAGUCAACACACAUGACCAGACAGGGUGUCAGUAAGAAGCCGGUCCAGGACAGGUAUGGAGACACGUGGUCCAAUAGCUCCAGUACUCCCUCCAGUUCCCAGCACGAGGCACAUGAGAGCCUGGAGGACCUGGAGGACGAGAGAGACACUGCUGAGAGUUACUCAGACCACUCUGUCCAGGAGAAGAGGGCGAGUGAUCACAGCAGGGGGGAGGUUGUAGCUACUGUACCCCCUAUAGUCCCUGUCCCCCACAAGGAAGAGCCAUCGUACACUGGCAGUCCCCUGAGUGUACAUCCUCUACCAAUGACGGUCCAGAAUGGGCCAACCAUGCCAGACGGGAUGGUCACAGUCCCUCCACAGCCGGGGAACGGUUCACCAGCAGAGGGGGCACUGACUGGGACCACCCCCAUGGUUCCUCAGGAGUCCAUCUCAAGCCAAGCUCCCCUGGGAGACCCUGAGAGACAGAGGCAUGUGUCUGUGUCUGCCUCCCUGAGCUCACCUCAGCCAACCAAUGCAAGCUUCAGCAUUCACCCCAUGCCCCAGCAUUAUAGGACCCCCACCAGCCCAGAGAGUAGAAGCACUAACCCCCAGCACCAGCCCCCCAUUAGCGCCAUCAGUGUCAUCCCCCUGACCUUCCACAUGUCCCCCCUGAUGCCAGCAUACACCAGCACUGACCCAGCCUCCACCGCCACCCUACCCCUAACAGCCUCUCUCCCUGACUCUAGCACCGGGCCCCAAGCCCUGGCUGCGCCCACCAGCCUACCCACCCCUACCACCGUGACACCCUCCUCAGGGGCCACUGUCACCCCAGCUGCCAUCAGACAGGUUCAGGCCACUCUGCCCCCAGCCGUCCCCACUCACACCCCCGGCACCGUUGCCAGCCCAGCCCUGACCCUCACCCACAGCACGGCCCAGGGAGAUGGCACCUCUUCCUGCAGCAGCUCUGGGGUGGCAGCAGGGCAGACCCAGCAAAAGCCGCAGCCCCAGCAAAAGGCCCACCCUCCACAGCAACAGCAGAUGAGCUGCAACACCUGCGGUUGCCGUGGCAGCUGUGGUAGUAGCCACUCUGCUGCCCCCAACCCCAACUUCUACUUCCCUUCCCAGCUGGGGCACCAGGUCUUCAGCGCCACCCACUUCCCUCUCUUCCACCUCCCGUCCAUGUGCAGCACUGGAUACCCCAGCCACCGCAGCCAGGUCCAACGCCAGAGCAACGGCACCACCCAGCUACCCUUCUACCCCCCUCCACCUCACACGGCCAACCCCACCUUUACACCACCGCAAUACAACAGUGGACCACUGCUCCACACCACCCACUCCCACUCUGACCACAUGCUGGCCACCCAGCCUGGAUACAACCUGCAGCAGAUGGCAGCUGCUCCCUUCAACCGCUUCUACACGCCCAUGUUCUCCUCGGUGGGACUGAGACUGGGCACGGGCAUGAAGAAGAGCAGUGCCAAUGUCUCUUGCUAUAACUGUGGGCUAAGCGGGCAUUAUGCCCAGGACUGCAAACAACCCUCCAUGGAUGCUGGGCAGCAAGGUGGCUUUCGGCUGAAGUACACGGGCCCCCACUCCUUUGAAGCAGACUAAACUGACUGACAUGAGAGGGGACCAAGACAAUGCUUUGUUUAUCUCACUUACUACAGUAAAGAUUCCAGAAACACAUUGUUUUCAAGGGUUGAGGUUUUCACCAAUUUUAUUACCUUGCAAAUAUCCUGACUUGUUUCUCAGCAAAGGAUGGAAUCCUGUAUAAUUCUCAGACUUUUCAGAGGACGGUGGUAUUUUGCACUGGAGACAAGUACGAGACAGGCUCACGUUUCCAGACUAGUCUCUUACUUUAAAGAAAGAAAACCGCGUCUUUAAAUGGUGUGGUGGUAAACUUACAUUUAAUAAGGAUUAAUGGAUUGAGUGAAGGUUUUUCUAUUCAAAUUUCAAUGCAGGUCUUUUUAGUACAUUUCAAUUCUUCCAGAAUCUGCCUUUGGUUCAAGUCAUUAUACGUUAGACUAAGGAGCCUAUAUCACUUAAAGCAUUUUAUGUUUUCAAGUCUCUGUUCUCCCUGUCAGUGCCUCACAGAGAAAAGAUGGAGAGGGUUUUACAAUUUAGUCAUUUAGCAGACGCUCUUAUCCAGAGCGACAAACAGUAAUGAGUGCGUACAGUUUCAUACUUUUUUGUAUUAUCUCACAGGUGUUCAAAGGCAAGAUACGGUUUCAAAGCAGCUAGUAGUUAAACCUACCAGCUAAUUUUCAUUUUAUUUAUUUAUUUGAGAACAAAAUGCACUACCGGUCAAAAGUUUUAGAACACCUACUCAU